GCAGAACAAAACGUGGAAAACUGGUUGCUUAAAAAAGUGACAAACAAAAUUGAUUAUACUUUCAAAAACGCAUCUUUUGAGGGCUGCAGAACCCUCCGCAUCAUUAGGAAAAAACUGCUUGCGCGCAUUUGCCGCCAUCCUCUGAGGAACCGCACAAACGGGAAACCAACGCCGAAAAUUGUUUUUUAAAAUGUCAUACAACAAGAAUUAUGGAGGACAAUUCAUGGGGCUUCGUCCAACUGGAGACAAAAACAACCAGAACAGGAUGACACAAGAGGACUUAAAGAAGAUAUUUAAAAAAGAGGAAAGGAAGGAUGCAUACAAAGUUAUUUUCGUCCUUUCAGAAUUGAGGGGAAUAAACUUACCAGAGGUGGAGAAUGGAGAGAUAUAUUUCUUCUGUACGGCGAUAUUCGACAACGACGACGUGAAGACGUCCAUGUCGAGGUCCAACUACAACUCUUCCUUCGUCCGAGGGCAGUACAUCCUGGAGGCCUACUCACUUGAGUUCAACGAGGAGAUUGUCUUAAAAAUCCCCGAGGAAGCCAACUUCGCACGAGUCUACGUGUCCUACCUGACCGUCACAGAUGAUAACGGAACGAGAAAUAUAAAACUGGAAGGAAUAGGAUACACGGACCCGUUUAAGCUGACCGAUUGCCAUAUUUACCCAUACGCCAGGUGCAAGCUAAACACGGCCAUUGGAGCUGAGGAGACGAAAGCAUUCCUCCGAAUGUGCGUCAAAUGCGUGGACAAGAGCCACCCGUCAGUCAUAAAGGAGACUCAAGAAUUUAAUGUCAUCGAUGAGUUUAGAACCCUGUGCACGGAAUGA